GCUGGGAUUAUGUCGCGCAAGCAGGCGGUGCGGGCCCGGCCGGGUGGUGGGAAGAAGGCGGAGAUGGAGCGCAGGCGGGAUGAGCGGGCGGUGCGGCGGGCGCUGGCCAAGGAGCGCCGCAACCGGGCCCCCACCGAGGGCGGCGCGGUGGCGGCCCAGGAGUUCGUCAGCUUCACCAACCAGCUGCAGGCGCUGGGCCUACGGCUGCGCGAGGUGCCGGGCGACGGCAAUUGUUUGUUUCGAGCACUUGGUGACCAGCUGGAGGGACAUUCCCGGAACCACCUCAAACACCGCCAGGAAACAGUGGAUUACAUGAUAAAACAGCGGGAAGAUUUUGAGCCUUUUGUGGAGGAUGACGUUCCCUUUGAGAAGCAUGUCUCCAAUUUGGCGAAGCCUGGCACUUUUGCUGGCAAUGAUGCUAUUGUGGCAUUUGCAAGGAACAAUCAAAUGAAUGUAGUUAUUCAUCAGCUCAAUGCUCCACUGUGGCAGAUCAGAGGCACAGAUGAAAGCAAUGUGAGGGAGCUUCACAUUGCCUAUCGGCAUGGAGAACACUAUGAUAGCGUACGGAGAAUCAAUGACAACUCUGAAGCUCCGGCUAAUCUUCAAACAGAGAUGCUUUGUAAAAAUGAAACAAAUAAGAAGGAGAAAAUCGAGCCAAAGAAGGAUGAAUCUGAAGAGGAGGUGGAGGAUGAAGUAGAGGAUGCUAUUCAAAAAGUUCGCAAUGCAACUGGGUGUUCGGAUCUACAUUUCAUAAGUCAGAUUCUAGAAGUGGAGAACUACAAUAUUGAUUCUGCAAUAUUUGCCAUUCUCCAAGUGAAUGAAGUGAAAAGAAUCAAUGCAGAGGAGCAGUGUGGUUCCCAGGCCAAAGGUCAGAAGCCGCGUAGCUCAGCCCUGUGGGAGGAGAAUGGGAGUGGCAGUAGAAUCUUUGGAAAUCAGGGUUUACCUCCAGGUGGAACAGAAAACAACAAGGCACAGGUUAGACCUGUUGAAGAGACUCGAGCCAGCAAAAACCAUUUCCCAAAGGUAUCUAAUAAACAAAGGAAGGAGCAGCAGCGGCUGGAGAAGAAGAGGCGACAAGAAGAAAGGCACCGUCAGAAAGCCUUGACUAACAAGAGUAACAAUGCAAAUAACAACCGGAAUGAGACAGACUCAAACACGCAGGUCACUCUAGUGAAGGCCCUUGCGGCUGUGAAUAUUUGACUGUGACCGUGUUUAGGCCUCUUUGCAAAUGGGAAACAGAAUCGAGGAGGAAGAGUAGUGACACUUGAGAGAAGGCCAUACUCUUCAAAACAAAUUUGUGGGCAUCCACUCAUAGUCUCUGCGUGCUAAGUCUUUUUUGGCUUUCUACAGCUACAGGAAGAGCAACCUGGGGACAUUAGAGAACAUUUGCCAGUGAGUGAGGGAUGGUCAAAGCUUAACAAAGUGAAAAUGUGGAGGUGGUUCAGUGAACGUUGAGCCGUCUCCCUAUAUACCUGGCAUGAGAUUUGCUUUCAAGCAUGGAAGAAUACUUGUUUUAAGUUACUGUAAAGGGGAGUGUUAACUGUUUUCAGCUGAGGAAUACACUUUCCCAUUUUCUCUCUCUCUUUCUUUCUCUCUCUCUCUCUCUCUCUCUUUAAAGUGACUGGAACAAACUUCUGGAAUCCUUUCCAAAACCGAAACUAUCAGCCAACCACUAUAGCAAAAUAUGUAAGAUUUGUCAUCCCCUGUGCCCCACACCAUAACUGAAUGGCAAGUUGUAGUUUGGAUAGAGCUGCUCUUGCUUUUGUUCCACUAAGCCAUUUGCUAAAUGCUGCUGACUGUUUUAGAGGUGAUUUGUACCUGGAGGCGAAUUGGGCUGGCUGGAUCUGUGAUAUUUUUGGCACAAAGUGAGUGUAGAAGAAAUCUGUGGGCACCCUGAUCUGCUAGCAAUGAAGCCCCUCUUCUCUGACAAUAUUACUUGCAUAAAAUGAGGGGGGAGACUCGUGUACUCUUUGAUUGCAGAGUUGAUUUUCCCCAUCUAGUAUAGUCUAAUGAGGUAGUACUUGAUGCAGCAGACAUGAGAUUUCUAUUAAGUGCUAGCAAAAAUGUGCUGGUUUUUAGACAUCUGGAAUUUCAUCCUCUGCCUCAUGCAUUGAGGGCUGGAGUCCAAAUAGGGAACUUGACUGUCUUCAAUCUCCAAAUUAAAUUCUUCUAGCCAAUGGCUCAGAAGUCCUGGGGACAAGCUUCCAAGUAGCACUGAUUGCUGGGAAAUUUGCCCAAUUCACUCCUCAUAAAUCAAGCUUUUUCCAGGAUAGGAUUUUGUAGCUUAAAUUCCUCUUAGAUAAGAUCACCAAACACCAUGAAGUAUAAUUGAUCACUAGAGUCUAAUCUUGUGGUAUUUUCCUCUAUAUGAGUGGGAGUUUGGCCUAAAGUAAAGGUUGUGGGAUUUGGUCCAUGAUACAUGAUGGCUUAUACUAUCAAACAUCAAUCAAGUUCCUGGACUUGCAUGAAGAACUAAGUUAAAAAAAAAAAGAGAGAGACUGAGAGAGGAGACACCCUAUUACUCAAAGUAAAGCUUAAUGAAAACUUCCAUGUGAGGGAGGAUUCUUUUAAGGUGAGCAUAUGUGCCUUAGAGCCCAUAUCAGUACUGGAAUAUGUGUGGACUUAAUACUUUAAAAAUGACCCUUUUGACUGAACUGCCAAGACCUGAGUUAGCAGUUCUUGGUUUCCUCUGCUACUGUGUAGCAUUUGAAACAAUCAAAGAAAUGGACCUGGCCUAUAAGUAUGAGCAAUGUUGAAUAGGGCUGGAGAAAAACAAAAUAGCCCUGUGGGCUUGGAAGCUAAAAUGCCUUUGGGUUCCUCUCUAAAGAGCUGGCAGUAGUGUAUACAAUAGCAAACAGACCAGCUGCUCAGAGAUGCAUCUGACAUGUCAAAAAGUCCAUUAUUUUCAAAUCAGUCUUAAAUGCUAGUGCCAGCCAUCAUAAAAAUUUCCUUUGGCAAGAAACCUAUGAGCAGUAUUUGUUAGCUGUAAACAAUAUGAAUAGGCCCUAAAUUCACAGUACCAUUGAAGUAUAACAAGGUUUGUACAAAGCUUUUGAGGGGUUAUAGUGGGAAAUUUGGUCUCCUGAGUGGAUCUGUUCUCAUGGAUGCUGAUUUUGGGAGUAGAGGAAAAGGUAUUAAAAUAUGUGGGGAACAAAAUGUCUUUGGACUUGGUCCAUCUUGGAUGGUGCACUUUUAAAACUGUGAAAACAUGGAUAAUAGGUGGUCCUAUUUUUCUAGCUGAAUGGGCCAGUUGUUGCAUAAAGAGAGGGUGCUACGUUUAGGACUCUGGGGCUUUGCUAUUUCCUGACCCGUCCAAAGAUUAGAAGUCUUUGUUUACUUGUCUACAGGCUUCACAAACUCCAGAAGUGGUUAUGAAUAUCCAUCAGCAUUGUGCCUGGAUGUACUACUUUCCUAUCCUAAUGCCUAGUGAGUUGGAUGCUCAGAGGUUGGGGAAAGCUUGUAGUUAAGUGGAUGUCACCAGUGUUGUGACAUUGACAUAAAUACAAUGAAGAAAAUAGCUUAGCAAGAUGCUACUUCCAGUUGCAUAGUAGGGGGUAGUACCAGUUAGUUUUGUGCCACCCUGUUUUUAUAUUGAGAUGGGAGACUGGUCCUGUAAAUGACUAGAUAAAUAAUAUAGGCCUAAGUAGCAGUGCUAGUUUGCUUGUUGGCCAGUUAGGAAUUGGAUGUUCGGGUAUCUUCUAUGAAUCACAUUGCUUUUCUUGAGCCAAAGCUGAUAAAAGGAUUACUUGUUCCACCAGCUUGGGGUGGGGGGGUUGCGGAGAUAAUUGUGCUCAAAGGAGAUAUAUUCACUGGGUGACAAAGUUCCUAUCAUAAACACACAAGUUGCCUUCACAACCAAUUCUGCAAAGCCCAGCUCUGUUCUGGAAGACACUGCCUUCUGUGUAGUGGUGUCAGGUCUUUGCUAGAGGUGGGGAGAGAAUCACACCUUUGUUUGCUUAUUUAGGGUAUCUGAAACUGAAUAUGCAAUUGAAAAUGCUCUAAUCUGAUGUGUAAAUGGAUUAAACGAGCUCUUAUUGUACUGGGCUGAUAUUCCUGUUAGAGUAGCCACAUUCUCUUCUUGAGUCCAUGCCAAGGAAAACAGCCUUGCCCUAUGUGAGAGACCCAAAGCUUUGUGCUGGCUGUGGUUCAGGCUCCUGGUUUGCCUGACCUUUCUGAUUUGUAUCUUUUUGGGGGCAUCCCUGUGCAUAGUUUCUCUGGGAACUCCUUUUCAUGAAUGGAAAUUUGGGAUGAUAAACUAUGUUCUCUUAUUAUGGUGCUUGAGUUUCAGUUCCCAGGUAGGCACUAGAUACCACCUCCAUCCUGAAUAGCCUGCUGCUUGGGCAUCUUCGGGUUUGUCAAGGUGGCUACCUUGUAUAAAAUUCAAUAAGACUUGAUAUUAGCUGGGGGCUAGAUAGUUCAAGAUUUCAUGAUGACAUACGGAGACUUCCAGUUCUCAGGCUUUGAAUACAGGGCCAGUUUUAUCAAGCAGGUGGCUCUUUAGUGGCAGACUGGAAGGAAUAGUUUUGGAAGCCUGCUAGGCAGGUAAGAUUGCUGCUGGCACUUGAAAGCUAGAGGCUGAGUGGUUAUCCUUGGACCCUGAUGUUCUCCUUCCCAAACUAUCAGAAGCCCAUACUAUUUGUUUGUGCUAUUCCUGUUUUUAUGUACAGAAACGCUUCAGUGGUGGAGGUCUGCAUAACUCCCUGCAUCAGUGGAGCUGCUGCCUAACUUUGCCAGUUGAGAAUCUGUCCCAUUUUCUCCAGUGCAACACCCAUCUAAAUAGAAAAUAUCUCUGAAGCCAAGAGUUAAUUGAAAGUAAAGCACCUUGGUCACAUUCUGACAAGUUAGGGGAGUUGCACAGAUGCAACUAAACUCUUCAGGGUUUGCUGUGUGAAGGAAGGUGCUCCCCCUAUUUCUUGCACUGCCUAUUCUUGUGUUUCUGACAAUACCGUAAUUCUCUGCAGAGGACAGUCCAUUCAUCUGUUGACUUCUCAGCAGCCUUACCUCAUAUACAGUGCCUGACUAUCAGAAAUUUCAUGUGAUCUACAAUGUUUGCAUCCAUAGCAGUGCUCCAGAUGCAUCUCAUUUUCCCCUUGGAUAAGCUGAAUGACAAUUUUUCUCUUCCUUCCCAGCUCAGAGCACUCUGCAGGGAUCAUGCCUCAAUCAUCAAACCAAAUGCCAAAUACUCGUUUUGUUUUUUAAAUACUUAGUGCAAUAGAAGCUGCAAAGAUGUGCCAUUUGAAUGAGACGAGAGUUUUGUAUGUUGGAUGGACUAUAGAACAAAGAUUAAACUUUGAUUAUUUUACUAAGA